UUGUGGUGCCGAGGUGGUUGGAACCGUUGGAGCAGAGUGUAGCAUUAGGUGAAGGAUAAAUCUGCGUUAUUUGGUAGGAAAAUGUUACUGCGUGUGGCUGCUAUGUUAUAACUGCGAUCGCGUAUUCGUAAUGUAAUCGGUAGCGCUACAGCGUACUGUUCAGUAGUUUUGAGUGCUGUAAUUGUGACUGUAGAACUUGUACAGAAGGAGCCUUAACCUAACAUUGUAUUGAACUGAGGAAAUGUCGGGAACAGGCGUGAUAAAAGCCGUGCCGCCCCAAGAUUUGAUGCGUGACUUGAGAACGUUUGUUGCUGGUGCAACCCGACGUGUGAAGACAAAUCCUCUAGAACUUGCUCGCACUGCGCUUUCUGUUCUUAAGACAUUACCAGCAGCUCGUGAUGCUGUGCUUGAAUAUUUCUGCACCUUGUUUAAUUCAGCUGUUUCUAAAUAUGUGACACAGAUUGAAACUGAUAUGUGCUUAGAUUCAAGCUCAUCUACUUCAGGACAUGAGGAUGCUACUAUUGUUGAAAUCCAUGUAGUGCUAUGUAAUUUUGUUAGUUCAAAUCCAAAGGCUUGGGCUCCAAUAAUAUCUACAUGGUCAUUAGAAUUACUAGGUGAACUCUCAAGCCGCUAUGCAGGUAGAGCUCAUGUUCCCUUGUCAGCUGGGCUCAAUGAAACCUUGCAAUUGUGGAUGUCUUGUCGGGCAACUCGUAUUCUUAUUGAUAUUACUACACAGUGCCUUUCCUGCCUUAUGCAUUCAGAUACUGAGUCUUGUAUUAAUGCUCUGUUAGAUACCAGUGUGGCACAUAGCCCACAUUUUGAUUGGGUGGUAGCCCAUGUUGGUAGCUGCUUUCCACACACUGUUAUCACUCGAGUCCUUUCAUGUGGAUUGAAAGAUUUCAGUCAGCAUGGUUCAGCAGAUCAAAGUGCCAAGGCACCAAAACUGAAUUCUGUUGUUGGUAUACUUGGUCAUCUGGCAGGGAGUCAUUUUGCAGAUAUAAGGUCAGCCCUUCUUGAACUAUUCCAGUGGAGUCUGGAGCCUGACAAACAUGAAGGGGAUGGAGAGAAUGCUGAACGACCAGCAACAGUUCCAUUUUUGCUUCAGUUGGCUUCACUGUCAUCAACAUUGUUGCAUGCUUUGUCAACUGACGUGCUACACACCUUGACUCCCAGCAUGCUACCAAAAUUGGCUGCACUGGCUCCUAGUUGGUGUGACUACUUUGGGGGCAGCCAAGCAUUGGAAGAUCUGAUAGUCCACCUAGCUCUAGGCUGUGAGCAAGGAGGAACACAGAUACUGAAGCUCCUACUGGAUGCAGCUUCUCCAUUGGAUUAUUCAACUACUGCAGCUCCUGAUUCUUCAGUCAGUGCAUCUGUAAAGAGUACCAGCAGGGAAAUACUGGAAUUAUUGCUUCAAGAAAUAGAUCACCUGCUCCGUAGCACGAUGCCUGGGGCUUGCUCUAUUCCACUUUUAUGUUCCAUCAAACAAGAAGUGACUGUUAUUCAACCACUCCUGUUGAGUGGAGAUCCUCUGCAUGUUCAAACAGCUGUGAGGCUCUUGGGACUGUUGGGCUAUCAUAGUACAGCAGUACUAGUCAGUUCAGCUGCAUUCUUACUGCAGAGAGCUUCUACUGAUGGACACUUGGUAGCACUAGUGAGGCUUGUAACUGGAGGAAUUUGUAAUAGUACAUCUGCAUCACAGCUUGAGCAGGAGAAUGGCUGCUAUUACAAGACUGGUUGCUUGGCUCAGGCUUUAGAGCAAGCAAUGAGGAGCAAUGCUGGUUGUGUUCUGGGAGAUGAGGGAGCAAUUCAGCCUCCACCAGAGCAGCUUUGGCAUAAUGUGGCCCACCUGUUAAGGUGGGAACACAGUGGCAAGGCACCAUCCCUUCGAGGUGGUUUGAUAUCUCGUGCAGUCAGAUGUAAUUUACAGGAAGUCUCGGAUCGUCUGUGUACUGUUUGUGACCCUAACUUGGCUUGUGACAUCGCUGAGGUCCUAGAUUUGACCAUAGUAGCAGACAGGUCUUCUCAUGAUGUUUAUACAGUCAACAUACAGCUCACUCUUCUUAUGGCCAAGGCUGUUGUUGCAUAUUUCUUCCUUUGUGUAUCAGAGAAAGAUGACUUGGUUAGAUUCCGUGGUGUUCGAUUGUGUUGCCACUUACUAGCUCAUCUAUCAUCUCAUUCACCACCAGCUCGCUCACUUGCUUUACGAGAGUUGUUAGAAGGUUCUUUAUUCCAUUCACAUUCACGUCUGUUUGGAGCCAAGCUUCCCUCUCAAAUAAGAGCACCUAGAGAAGAUGUGCAACUUCUCCAUGAGAACCACAAACAGGGUACCAGUGUAAUGUUAGCACAGCGGCACUCGUCAGUGUUCCAUGCUGGUGUAAUUGGUCAUGGACCAAGGAAAACUUUAGCUAACCAGUCUCAAGAGCCUGACACAGUAACACACAAUACACAGUUACUCAUUGAAGUUAUAAAGGCCUGCUGUUCAUCUGGUGGAACAGGUUCUGAAACUGGUUCAGAACAGUCACCAACUCAUCCUGUGUCUCUGGACGCAAUAACGACUGUCUCGUUGCUGUUAGUUGAGCUAAUAUCUCCAGAUGUUAUGUACAAUGGACUGCCUUGGCCAGAGGAAGAAUUUUGUAAGGUAACUGUUGAGCGAGACCUCCAUAUCCGAAGGUUAUUUGAUGAUCUUCCACUCAUAUGGCAUCUGAUGUCACUGGUAGCAACAUAUCGUCCUGCCCUCUGCUACUGCUCUGUUCUCCUCCGUGCAUUGACAGCAACUCUUCUGGCACAGUGGGGGUCCGCAGCUCAGCGAGCACAACAUAAUGACAGAUUGCUUGCAACUACAACCCAGGUUCUGGAGCUGAUGGCAUUGGGACAACUCUUGCCACCUCCACUAUCAAGCCUUAGAGAUGUAAUACCUCACCUGAAGCCACAAGAGGUUGUUCAACUUAUACGUGACUGUGUGUGGAACUACCUACGUGAUCAUGUCCCGUCUCCUGCUCUCUUUGCUCGUGAUGAAAAUGGUCUUAUGUGGCGAGAUGCAACAUUAGCCCAUCCAGAACCUCAGUACACCGAUACACUGCGCAGCACUAUGCAGAAUAACAUUCAGCAUUUAGGAACUCUUUAUAGCCAGUUAUUCCCCCCUAUGUCAUCUAAAUGUCAAAAUGAGUAACAUAUUUCCUUUCAGUAUUCCAAAGUAACUUAGAUUAGAAAUAUUCCACAUAAGAAUUUAUAUGAGUACAUCUUAUACAUUUUAGUUUGUCUUUUUAUGAAUUUUGUAUAUGUGUAAAUCCACAAUUCAGCCAUGUAUGAGAGUCACUGAAAAGUAAUGCACCAUAUUUUUUUUUUUAAUUUCAGUUUUUAUUUUAUAACUUUUCUAUUCACACAGUGGAUAGGUACAGGCUUUAGGGACAAAAUAUUCCUUUUCACAGUACUCCCAAUCUCUCUCAGCAGCUUUAUGACACCUCAGAACAAGGGCAUAUAUGCCCACAUGGUAAAACUCAGGAUCAGGGCUUUUCGGCCACUUUUUCACAGAUGCCAGAAGGGAGUCAUUGUCCUCAACUUUUGUCCCACAAAUGCUGUCUUUCAGUUUAUCAAACAGGUGACAGUGUGAAAGUACCAGAUCAUGACUGUAUGGUGGGUGUGACAACUCUGUCAACCUCAAUUUUGUGCUCCAUAGUUAGGAGACUGACAUGUGGCCAGGCAUUGUCAUGCAGCAGCAGAAUGUCUUCCAUCCACUGGUGUGGUCGAACAUGGCACAUCCAUGAAUGAAGUGUAAUGGUUCCUAAGUGAUGUCAUUGCAUGUAAAGCGUUUUCCUAGUCGGGAUUCCUUAGAUCAGUGUUUCUCAACCGCAGGGCCAUGGCCCAGUACCAGCCCCUGGCAUCAGUUAUACCGGACCGUCGUCUUAUAAAAAAAAGAAUUUACUAGGCCAUGGUCUCGCAAAGGUUGAGAACCACUACCUUAGAUUUUAUUAGCUGCCACACCCCAGCAGCCAUGUUGGUUGCAUGGCAUCCUGACACCAUUUUGGUAGCAUGAUUCUUUUUUUUUAACUCUCUUCAGGGGUUCAUUUGCUCAUAGCACUGGCAUGGGGUUUGUGUAAACCCAUAGGUCAUCAUUCUGGCACUAAAGUGGUGCUGUGCUCUUAUUAAAACUAUGUCUGCUAUACCUACCCAAAGGUUACACAUGCAUAUUGUGGAGUGGGGUGCUUGCCAUAGGAUUUGCUGAUUAUGCUGUACCAGGUAAAUACAGUGUGCACUAAUCUAAAUUUUAUUCCUACAACAGAUGAGAAGACAAAAGCUUUUGGUCUGAAUGGUAGCAAGCAUUACCCAAAUUCUAUCUCCUAUUCAUUUCCUCAUGAAUCAAAUGUUCAUUUUUUACUGUCAUUCCCAAAUAUUUGAACUGUCCCACAUUUACAGAGCAUCUGUUAGCUACUUGUAUGUCAUGGUUUUCCUCUGUAUUCUGGUGACAAGACAGCAACAUAUGCUUAGUUUUAUCUGCUUUUACUUAUAGACUGACCUCCUUACUAGCAUCAGUUAAAGUUCAUUUGUUUUUCUUUAUGGUAUCUAUGUUAUCACUAGGGACCUGAUUUUUAUACCAUAAUAAUCCCUUAAAUAUAUAUGCAUGAAAAACUUCCAAAUAUACACAUAAAAUGUUCAUACUAAAAAUUAAAAUUGAUUUUACAUUAUUUUAAGACCAGCAAAUCAACAUUUAAGAUAAUUUCAUGUAAUCACUGAAUGAUUCACUUGCAGUGAAAAGAUACACUUAAAUAUAAAUCAUUCAAGAAAGCCAACAUUUUUUCAUUACAAGUUAAAGAAAACAGUGGUACUAACAUUUAGCUCUCCAGGCUUUCAACUUCUCCUUUGUUGCAGUUCACAAUUAAUAAAUGUUUUAGGUUUCUCAUAGUUAAUUGCCUCCUGUUGUCUCAUAAGAUGUCCUUAUAACGGGAAGAAUUUCUUUCCACCUCACAGGAACUUAAGGGUGCAUGUACAGAAGCCGGUAUUUGCUCCACUGUUAGUGAUUUUUUACUUGCUAGUUCAGUAUGCUUACCAGCAAAAAUUUUUUUCAAUUUCACAAAUUUAUUCAUAUCCUGGGUUUUUUUAAAGAAUGCUGUGUACUUUUUCCUU